UGCUCUAAAACAGAACUGAUAGGUCUCUGUGUGAGAAAUCAAUGAGAGUUGUCUCGAACAUCAUCAGGAUUUCGUCUUUCUCUCUCGCCCAGAGGACUCUCGGUGGGACCACGGUGAAGGCUUCUUCAAAGGAGGAGGAGGAAGAAGAAGACACGGUGAGUGAGAUUGAGCCGUUGGUGGUGCUGCCCGCCGGCCGGUCCAGAGGAUCAAGCGGCAGGAGGUUGCAAGAACCGCAGAUCCGGCAGAACCGAACGUACGUGAUCAAGCCAGCCGCCGGAGGAGGAGGAGGCGGAAACGAACAAGAUGAAAUAUCGCAUCAUCGUGUGAUUCAGCAUGAGAUUGAGAAGAAAGAAGAGUGUGUUGACGGCUUGGCUUCUGAUUACAUCAAGAAGAUUCGUAAUCAGAUAGGAUGUGGUUUGUAGGACAUAACAUGAUUGCAUAAACCUACGUAACGUUCUUAGCUAUUUAGUUUACCGUCUCUGUCUUUAAUUUCACACACGCACACACACACACCAUGUAUGAGAUGGAUGAUAUAGAUGUUUUUUUAUUUGAAAUAAACCAGAUGUAAUAAACCUUUAGCUAGUUGAUCUUUUAAUAUUUUUGUGUUGGAAAGCAAGUUCAUGAUUUUGCUGUAUCUGAUCUGAAGGCAAACUAUACUUUAAUUUUCUCUUUU